AUGAUGAGCGCCGUUAACGACUCCUUCUCGCCGGGAUCUUACCGUCCUUCGCCGUCGACGCUCUCUCGGGAGGAUUGCUGGAGCGAGGAAGCGACCUUCACGCUCAUCCAAGCCUGGGGCGGUCGCUACGUCGAUCUUAGCCGCGGUAAUCUCCGUCAGAAGCACUGGCAAGAGGUGGCUAACGCCGUUAACGACCGUCACUUCAACACCGGUCGAAACGUCUCCGCCGCCAAAUCGCAGCCAUACCGCACCGACGUUCAGUGUAAAAACCGGAUCGACACCUUGAAGAAGAAGUACAAACUCGAGAAGGCUAGGGUUUCGGAAUCGACUCCCGGUGCCGGCUACGUCAGCCCCUGGCCUUUCUUCUCCGCUCUCGAUGACCUUCUCGGGGAAAGCUUUCCGACCUCUAGUGCUCCUGAUUCGACUGAUUACCAGAGGCUGUCACUGCCGAUGGCGGUUAUUCCAGUUCCGGUCGCUCCACGAUCGGCGAUCCCAAGACGCCCGGCGCCGGCGCCGGCGAUUAUGCCUUUCGGCGGUGACAAUUUGCUCGGAUUUCGCGGAAAUCUUAACGCAUUCGCGGCAGCAGCAGCGGCCGCUGCUUGUCCGGCGUCUGAUGAUGAUUCGGAAGGGUCAAGGUCCAGAUCGAGCGGCCGGAGCGGCGGAGGUAACAGAAAACGUGAGAGGGAGGUUGAGAGGAAACAAGGUUACAAGGAAGUGGCGGAGGCAAUCGAGAAGCUCGGGCAGAUAUACGAGAGGGUGGAGGAGAGGAAGCGGAAGGAAAUGGUGGAAUUGGAGAAGCAGAGAAUGCGAUUCGCGAAGGAAUUGGAAUGCCAUAGGAUGCAGCUGUUCACUGAGAUGCAGGUUCGUCUUCACAAGCUCAGGCGUACCUCUGGGUCCAAAGGUCCGACAUCCUCUGCCUCCGCCGGUGAGACUUGA